CUGUCCAAUUGGGCGGGGCCAAAGGUAAACCCGCCCCUUCCGACUCUUCUGUACGCUCCGCUCUCGCUCGGCUUCCACCGAGACUUGGUGGGUUAGGGCGUGAGGUUCUCGUGGGCGCUCCGGCCAGGGCCUUCCACGUAGAGCUUCUUUUCAGGUGUAGAGCCUUAGACCGAAGGCAGGCGUGCUGAGCAGGCUGGGAAGAAAGGGACCAGGGGAAGGAGGGCGGGGCGGGUCUGCCCCUCGAGGCCCCGCCCCUUUCUCUCCGCUCUUACUCUCUCUCCCUCUCCGCCUGCUAGGGGGCCCUGGGGCCAGGUCCCCCAGGCGGCGGCUGCCUGGCCGAGGUGCUCUCGCUCUGAGGCCGCCUUUGUCCCAUCGCCACCCCGUCAGCCUGCCCGCUCCUACCCCCACCUGCUUCCCGCCUGCGUCUGAGCCCAGAGGAUGGUGGGAUUCGGGGCCAACCGGCGGGCCGGCCGCCUUCCCUCCCUGGUGCUUCUGGGGCUGUUGGUGGUGAUCGCAAUUCUCGCCUUCAACUAUUUGAGGGUCUCCUCCCGCCACGUCUUGCUUCAGGAGGAGAUGCUGGAGCUGCAGAGCCAGGUGCAGAGGACAGAGGUGGCCCGCAAUCACCUGGAGAAGCGCAACUCGGACCUCCUGCUCCUGGUGGACUCGCACAAGAAGCAGAUGGAUCAGAAGGAGGCAGACUACGGCCUCCUUAGCAGCCGUCUGCAGGCCAGGGAAGGCCAGGGGAAGAGAUGUGAAGAUGACAAGGUUAAACUACAGAACAACAUAUCAUAUCAGAUGGCAGACAUACAUCGUUUAAAGGAACAACUGGCUGAGCUUCGUCAAGAAUUCCUUCGACAAGAGGAUCAACUUCAUGAUUACAAGAAGAAUAAUACUUACUUUGGGAAGAGAUUAGAGUAUGAAAGUUUUCAGUGUGGGCAACAGAUCAAGGAACUAAGAGCACAACAUGAAGAAAAUAUUAAGAAGUUAGCAGAUCAAUUUAUGCAAGAACAAAAGCAAGAAGCCCUAAAGACUCAGCAGAAUAAUGUAAUAGAAUUGGAUACAAAAGAACAGGAAGUACCCAAAAAUAUUCCAGAUGAAGUUGAGAGUGUUGCAGAUAAGAAUGAAAAACCCUCAAGCAAUCACAUUCCACAUGGGAAAGAUCAAAUUAAACGAGCUGGUGAUGCAGGGAUGCCUGGAAUAGAAGAGAAUGACCUUGCAAAAGUUGAUGAUCUGCCUACCUCUUUAAAGAAGCCCCUUAUUUCAGUUUCUCAGCGUGAAAGCCAUCAAGAAAACUUACAUUCUCCAACUGGAGAGCCUCGUCCCCCAAACGUAGCACCAGAUUUGCAUGUUAGCCACAUUGGAAACUCUGACAUUUUGAAGCAGAUACCUCUCAAUCCUCUUCAGCGUUUAAUCCCUGGCCCAAACUUGGAGAAUGAAAAUGAACACAAAAUUCAAACAGACAUGUUAAAGCAGCCUUCAAAGGAUAGAGCUGGUGACUUCCAUAAGAUGAAACAAAGCCGGUUCUUUGAUGAAAAUGAAUCCCCUGUUGAUCCGCAGCAUGGCUCUAAAUUGGCGGAUUAUAAUGGGGAUGAUGGUAACGUAGGUGAGUAUGAGGCAGACAAGCAGGCUGAGCUGGCUUACAAUGAGGAAGAAGAUGGUGAUGGUGGAGAAGAAGACGUCCAAGAUGAUGAAGAACGUGAACUUCAGAUGGACCCUGCAGACUAUGGGAAGCAACGCUUCAAUGAUGUCCUAUAAAUUCUGUACUGGAGGAAAACUACAGAAAAACUGAAUUGCUGUAAAGUGGAACCAUUUCUACUUCAUUGUUUCUUGGCUUUUAUUUUUAAAAUCAGCUGUAAAGAAACAAUGAAAAACAAACUUAACAGAGAACUUUAAUAGAGAAAUGUACAUAUGUAUAUAUUUGAACUUUUGCAUAAUUGUAUUAUUAAAAAAUAUGUUUUUGGUUCUUUUAUACUUGAACCAAUAAGCAAAAGCAAACAAAAACUGUAAUCUUUGCAAUUAAAACAAGCUAAUGUAUCUAUUUCAAAAUUUUAGUUCAAAUUGUUUCCUCAAAUUGGUUGAUUGAAAUAUGGUUAUGUUGUUUUUAUGUUGAACAUAGAAUAUCCAGAGUGGUGGGAAUAAGCUGAACACUUUCUUUUAUACACAGAUAUAUUCUUGAUUGGUCCAAUACAUGUUCUGCUCCUCAUUUUGAGUUCUUUGGAGAAUGAUAGCUGGAUACCCAAGAGUAAGGUGGGGCGUAGGAGGUAGCAUGUAUGAAAAAUCACCUCUUACCCUUUUUGUUUCUUACAUGGGAGCUUUUUGUGUUCUGAGGAUAAAUUUUCAAAAGGUGAGAUGGCCUAGAAACACAUGCAUUCUUUUGAUGAGUUAUAACUUAGUUUAUGAAUUAAAAAAAGAAAAAAAUGCAUGAAUGUAUUUUUACCCUUGUAUUACCAGUACUAGAGGCAACAGUGAACAUAUUUUUUUUAUAUCUCCAGUUAAGAUUGGUAAUAGUCUCCAAGAUUUAAAUGUCAGAUCCUGGAUGGGGCUAAAUUGGCUUCAUAGAAAACCUGAAAUCAGUAUUUCAAAGAUUCUCUAAUAGUUUUAGAGAAUUCUCCACAGUGCAGUAUUUUCUUAUACUUUAUCAGAAUGAAUAUACAUGGAAUUUCAAAAUAUUUUUGACAUAUGUCCCAACUGUUAAUAAGAAGUACAGUAUGUCUAUAGCUGUUUUAUUAUAGUUUGAAAGUUUAUAUUAGAGAGAUCUGAGGCAUAUAUAAUUUGUUAUUAGUAUUACUGUUAAGAACCCAUUUAUCUCAUAAAUAUUUAAAUCUCAGUCUCUGAAAAUUAACUUAAAUGCAGAUAUCUUAAGACAAUUGACCUAUUUGACAUUGUUGGUUUUCUAUCUCAUUAGAAUUUGUAAAUUGGAUAAUUUUUGUAAUAUGGUUUAAAGCACUUAUAAAUUUUACAGAAAUAUUUCUGUUGACUUAAAGGAAAAUUUAAGAAUGUUAACCCUAACUGAUAUUCAGAAGGGCUACUGUUAAAUAGCACAUAAACAUAAAGAUAUUUUUCUCUUUCUGUACUCAGGUUGAAGUCUGAAUCACAAAUAAUAGAGAAGUGGAUUGCUCAUUUUAUUAACUCUUUCAAGUUAUUUAAGAAUCAUUUUGUAAUCAGGAAAAAAAAAUGCUGUAAUUCAGGCAAUGAACAAGCUUUUUUUCCCCCUACGAUCUCAAGAUUGGUUCCUUUGUCACCAAUAGAAUAAAGCUUGCUAUGGAGAAAGAUAAUUUAAAGAAUAAUUUAAAUACUGUUAAGAAGAUGGGGAGGGGGGCUUAGAAAAGACUUCCAGUAAUACUAUGUAUCUAAUACUGUACAAUCUUAUAGAAUUAAAACUAUGAAAAAUGUGCUUA